CACAUGUUUUGAUUUGUACAUUGACAUGCGCACGCUGCUCAUGGUGAUUGAGGGUAAAACGAUGAUCAAGGCAUGGCGUUGUUUUCUAUAAAAAGAUUUCAAGGUGAAAGAAUUAUAGACAGUGAUUCAAACACAACUAACCAGCAAUUGUUAUUGGAAAAGUUGAACCAGAAAAUACAAUCACGAUUAGGAACUUACAAUGACAUUGGUGCAGUUAAAGAAUCGAAUUAUCAAUCUACUUCCAGAGAAAAAAGGAAAAGAAAGUCCACAGAUAAUAAAAACAAAGAUGUAACUUUAUCGAUCAGUGGAGAUGAUAACUUAAAAACUAAAAAGAACAUUGGAUUGGAAAAUUCAGAAAGUAAAAAAAGAAAACAUUGCAAAUUAAAGACUGACUUUACAGAUGUGAAUGACAGCAUUAGAAAACAGAAAAAGAGAACUUCAAAGUCAAAAGUAAAGUCGGUAGAAAAAAUUGAUCAAAUGGUAGAAUCAUCGAAAGAUAAAAAUGAAGAUGAUGAAGUGAAGCAUUCAUUCAAAUCUGUAGAAGAUACUACAUCAAAAAACUAUGAUGCUGCCUUAAAACAAUCAACGGAAAAGAAAAUAUUCGAGGAAAAUGAUGACGAUGAGGAGAUGAUUGAUGAAGAAAGUAUGGCACUAUUUACUGUUUUAGGGGAUGUUGAAUCCAAGAAGAAGAAAAAGGUUCAGAGAGUGCUUCCUGAUUGGCUAGCCUGGCCUACUGUUGUAGAUCAUGACAUCAAACGGAACCUGACUGCCAUAACUGAUUUGGAAGGACUGGAUGAGCGGAUGCUGAUGAUGCUGCGGGAUAAUGGCAUCAACCAUUUCUUUCCAGUUCAAAGUAAGGUAAUACCAGUGGUGUUUGCUUCCUUGAAGUUUGGCCUUCACGUCGGCAAUAUUGGGUACAGACCAAGAGACAUUUGCGUUUCUGCACCGACAGGGAGUGGAAAAACAUUAGCAUUCGUCAUUCCCAUUGUCCAGUCCUUAUUGGAUCGUAUCGUACCUGAAGUUAGAGCCUUAGUAGUUUUACCAACAAAGGAACUUGCAGACCAAGUGUACACUGUCUUCUCAACUUAUUGCAGAAAGCCAUCUUUGAAAGUGGUUCUCAUUGGAGGCUCAAAGCCAUUUGCAAAGGAACAGGAACAACUUGUGCGACAAAGGUCAGACGGCAGUAUUUGUAGUUUGGUUGAUAUUGCUGUAGCAACGCCAGGACGGUUGGUGGACCACAUUAACCUGACAGCAGGCUUCACGCUGCAGCAUCUCCGGUUCCUGGUCAUUGAUGAAGCCGAUAGGAUGAUGGAUAAUAUAUCAAAGAAUUGGAUUAAAGAGGUAGAAAAGUGUGCCUAUCCUGGUGAACCAUUCAGACCAGCACCUAGCAUUGUUACACCUUCAAGUGUAUCUAUCAAGUUUCCACCACUUCAGAAAUUACUGUUUUCUGCAACAUUAUCACAAAACCCUGAGAAAUUGACACAGCUGAAUUUAUUUCAUCCUGAACUAUUGACCUCUGUUAUAAAGACUAAAGGUCAUGAAGAAAUGCCGGGAGACCAUGACAACAAAGGAGAGUUUGUUGGAAAAUACACUACUCCAGUAGAAUUAACAGAAUUUAUGAUAAAUUGUACAGCAGGUGAGAAACCUCUGAUAAUUUUACACCUGAUUCUAAAACUGUCCUUCAACAACAUACUUUGCUUCACAAACACUGUAGAACAGACACACAGGUUGUACCUGCUUGUGAAGGCCAUUGGUGGUAUCAAAGUUGAGGAAUUCUCCUCUCAACUAUCCAAGUUGAAGAGAGCCGAGAUCCUGAAGAAGUUUAAAGCUGGCAAAAUACAAAUAUUGAUAGCAUCUGAUGCAAUGGCACGUGGCAUGGAUGUUGAUAAUGUACGCUGCGUUAUCUCAUAUGAUGUGCCACCGUUCAUCAAGACAUAUAUCCAUCGUGUUGGUAGAACAGCUCGUGCUGGCAAAGCUGGGAUAGCAUUCUCUCUGGUACAGAAGUCUGAGGUUACAAAGUUUAAGUGUAUGCUGUCGAAUGUUGGCAAGAAAGAUGUCCAGACACACCGAGUAAAACGUGAACAGCUGGCAGCUCUCGAAGAUCAAUAUGAGAAUGCCCUCUAUCAGCUCAAGUCCAUACUGAAGGAGGAGAAAAGUGCUCAAUAUGCAAUGUAAAGAUGGUGCACCAUGAUUUAACCAAGUUUCGAUGAUUUAAAACGCAUCCAAUUUAUUUGACUUUCGAUCAAAUAUUAUGUAAUAUGACAGAUGACAAUUUUUGUAUUUAAUUUGUCUUUUCGGCCUCCUGUGGGGAUGCAGGAAAAAUUAAUGUGAUACGACCCUCCAUUAUGGAGUAUUGAAUUUUUAAAUAACAUGAGGUCAAGAAUUUAGCCUCAAAGCUUAUUUAAUUUUUGUUGGUUACGCACCACUGACUUAGUUUGUUUGCCAUCACUUCAAGAUGUCUACUGAUUCGUGGAAAAGGUGUAUUAUAAUAAAAAAUAUUUCCAACAUUUCAAUGCUUAGUGGAUAUAAUGUUUUGGUGGAAGUAUAUAAUGCGUAAAUCUCAUAAUAAUUUAGUAUUUCGAAAAAUUGUUUGGAGUAUAUGAUCACUUCCCAUGGUAAAUUACAUCCACAGGGUGCCCCUAAGACAAAAUCUCAAAAAUGGAUAAAUUGCGUUCUUCCAAUCACGACAGCCUGAGUAGAUUUGGCCUACUGGUUAAAAUGUAAAAUUUAAGAUUUUAUAUUUAAAUCAUAGAAAAUCACAAAUUUAUAUUCAGUACAUUCUGGACUGCCUUGGAAAUGUGAACCUUCUAUUGGUUGGUUAGUUAUACACGCCAUUCGCAACACCCCAACUACUGGAUAUAAGGCCUGAAAAAUUUACAUUUUACUUGAAUUAAAAUACAGUAUUAUAUGCUUAUUAAUUAGAUAUCUUUUCAAUUUCCUUUAAUUCUUUUUCCACUUCCUGUUGAUGCUGUUUGAUCACAUACCGUACCAUUCAUGGGCUCUUCUUCCGAUUCCGUAUUCAUUCUCUCAGUGCUGGUGGCCAUUUUUGACUUUCUUUUUAGAUGUACUGUAUCAAAAUGUGUUCGUAAGUUUUAAGCUCUUAGUUUCCACGAUUAGGCUACCCACUCCAUUAAAGACCUGUUAUUUUUUAAAGCAUUUGUUAGAAUAAUUAAAUAAUAUUUCAUUAAUAAAAGAGUAAUAAUUAAAGUAAUAAGUUUUUGCUUUAGUGUAAUUUUGGAAUAACAAAAUAUAAUACAAUUAUAUAUGCCUUUCAAUAAGGGUUAUAAGAAUCAACGUACAUGUAUAUCCUCUCUGUAAUUGAUUUUUGAUUAACCAUACAUUGUGACAUCAAAAUAAUUAUAAAAGAACUCAAGAGUAUACGUUAUCACAGUUUAUCGCGCAGCCGAUUUAAUUACAGUCCCUUUUUGAUUAGGCCUAAUACAAAUUUUUUAAAAUUGUAAAAAAUUUGAGAAAGAAAAGAAAAUUAAAGUACAUUCAAAUUUUAA